AUGACUCGACUCUACCACAGUAUAGACUGCGAUUUCCCUCGACCGGUCGACUCUGGGAAGCCUGGAUCAGCUCCAUUCCGCCACCCGGUCACUCAGAGCGUUCGGCAACUCACCAUCACAAAUACUUUGUCCAACAAGAGGAAGUCAACAUACAACCGUAGGAGUGGAGCGCCCGACGCGGUCUCGGCCAACGGCUUUGUGGAAGAGAUAUUGGACAAGGUCCCUGCUGGCAGAUUGACGGCUUUUGCGUUUCUGCAUCAAGCGCCAUUAAUUCCCAAAGUUCUCGACCUGCUAGUCCAGCGACAUGAGAAAACGCUCCAGCAUUUGCGUGUCGGCGAGUUCGAUUCUUGGAAGGGGGAUACGCCUAUCCCGAAAAGCCUGACGGGCUUCGAAUGUAGGACGGUCGGCGAAGGCGAAGGGAUCGAGAAGAUCAUAGCCGAGAACAAGAAGACGUUACAGAAACUGAAAUUGGGACAAGAGAGGCAUUUGAUUGACAAAUACCAACAGGCACGAGCGGAUGGUCUGGACCAGAUUCCUCAACCAAGGGAUAGUUUAUUUAUGGCUGCUCUUCACCUCGAGGACUUCAUCAGCCUGCAGGAAUUGUCUCUACAUGGUUUGAACGUUGCCAGACUCCGACCAGCAUCUGUGCCUGAGGCUCUAGUCUUUUGCAGACUUGACCGGCUGACCUUAGAAUCUUGUCCCGGCAGCGCAGAGUUCUUGGACUUGAUUGCCAACACCUUCGACUGGACAUUGCACUCCUCUGAGGGUCCUCAAACCCCACGCGUCACGCCUUCCCUGAAGCAUUUCCUAUUCCGGCACGAGAACCCGACCGUCGCGAUCAAGAAUUCGAUCAUCCGCUUCGUCAACUCCUUCAACGGCCUGCAUACUCUAUCCCUGCUCUUCGAGAACGGCGCGAUCCUCGAGCCACCGUCGACUUUCAUCGCAAACCACGGCCCAACAAUGCACACACUCGUCCUCGAAUCCCGAAUUCAACCUCGCGAGCACUUGGGCCUGGACACGUCACGUCCGUUCGGCGCCGGCGGGUACAGCCAGGAGCUAUGGGUAGAAUCCAUCAACGACAUCGCGCGGCUGUGCCCCAAUCUAGUCGAGCUGGGCAUGGGUUUCCCCUGGAACGACGAGAUCGUGCGGCUACGCAAGACUGCCCUUCCUGCCCUGCAACACCUCAAAACCAUCCACAUCCGCAACUUCCCCGAGAACCACGUCUUCAGUCAGCUGGGCGACUACAGUAUCAAGGAGUAUGCCACCAAGUUCAUCGAAUGGGUCUUUCCCGCCCUCGUGGGCGGAAGCCGGCCCAGUCUAGACCAGCUCGCCAUUGGUCCGACACUGUACGAGAGCCGGUGGAAGGUGCUGCCCUCGUCUUCUCCGGGGAUUGCGCUGAGGCGCCAGCCGCCCGAGUUCUUGCGCACACACUAUUUCUGUCUCGAUUGGGCGAAGACGCGGUUCGGGCGGUGGAGCCCGCUCAUCACGCCUGUCUCGGAGAAAUUCAUGGAGGAAUUGGCCGGGACAAGGCCUCUAGGAGGAGUGUACGAACAAGUUUGGCUGAGAUGA